CUUCGUGUUUCGUGAGUCAGAUUGUCAGACGUCAUGUCCAUUUUGGGUUUGUACACAAGUGGUGUUAUAGUGUAUAAAAAUAUACGCUUUUAGCCGAAUUUGCCACAGUUAAAAGUUGAAAAAAGGACCAGCGGUGUUAUUUAAAGGAUUGGAAUGGAACAACCUUCUUUCGAGUACAAUAAAAUACUUACUGGGCUGCAAAAUAUAGCCUUUGACUUGACGUUCAAUACCUAUAUUUUUGUUCCAACUAUGGUGUAAAUAGUCUAGCAAGAGCAUUCAAUCGAUAAAUAUGAUAAAACGACUAUUGCAGGUGUUUAGAUGAGGUCACUAUCAGAAUUAUGACACUUUACUGGUGGAUGCACUGGUUUUGGAUUACAUAUCUUACAUUCAUGAUCUCUGGGGAAAAUAUAACAAUAUUACAUUCCAUUUCAACGGAUUGUCUUCCGUCUUAUGAGAAUAGUACGCCGAAUGUGACAACCAAAGCCUCUAUUCUCUGUCCAUCGAGCACCGUAUAUCCCAAGCCUCCAGAAAAAAGUACAAUACCACCAAAAAAGCUCAUAUUCAAGUCAGUAUUGCCUCCGAUAAAAAAGGCAAAUAUUUCUUCUGUGAUAAAAUUCAACACAAGCAGUUAUGAUUCCAAUUCAACGGCACUUUUUAUCUCCAACCAAACAGAUAACAUAACCUACAUAGAGGGAGAAUCAAAAAGUAACCAAAGCCUUUUGAGGCUUGCCGAUCUGACAGGAGUAGAGAAUGAGACAGUUUCAAAUGGAACUCUAUCCGCUGCUGGUAUAACGGGUAUCACUCUCGGUUGUGUCAUUAUUGUUGGAGUAUUGUCUGGUAUAAGUUAUUUUAUUUAUCGGAAUAGAAGCCUAAAUCAACCACAAGUACUUAAUGAUAGGUGCAGCAACCCUGACUCCAGUGGUUACAUCGAUGAUGCCUCAGUAAGAGAUAAUUCAGAAGAAAUGUACAGCUUGGAUAACGACUCUUUCCUUAACAGUUUAGAAGCUAUGACUAUCCAAAAUUACUGGACAGAUACUGUCAAGCAUACAAAAUUAUGAGACCUGUUGGAAAACUGCUUGGAAACAUUCUUAAUACUGGUUGAUUUAAUUUAUUGUUGUACAGUUUGAUUUUAUUAUUGUACAUAGCUUUUGUUAUUUCUAUUUAGAAUCUGUGAUGCAUAUCAGUUAUAGUUUUAUCUAGUACACUAUUUUUAAUAGUUGGUGGUCAUAUUUCCGCGAAUACUUUAACAAUUUAGUAUAUUACUUACUAAUUGAUUAGUUGUUCUGCAAUUUAAUUUUUCGCAAUAAAUCUUUUCUAUGGCUCUAUCAUUUAGAUAUGAGCUAGAUUACUAGUUUUUAUCAAUUGCUGACUUUUUAUAAUGAACGACUUGGUUACAAAUGCCUCAAAUGCUCUUUGCUUGGUUAUAAUUCUCGCAAUAUUGUAUAGUUCUGAACCUACAAUAGGCCUACCUAGCGGAAAUGAACCACCGUAUGUAAGGUAAUGCUUAUAAUUCAUAUUUUAGUUUAAGUUGAUUAAAGAAGAGUUGUAUAUAGGCAAUUAGUGAAAAACCAACUUGUUGUAAAAGAAGAUUAAAAACAUGGAAAUGUAUGCAAAACGUGACGUGAUAUAGAUAUACCCAAACAAAUAAAAUGGUCUAAGUAUUA